CACAGAGCACAGAGUCGGACCGACACUCAGCAGGGAGAGUUUCUCCUCCUCAUCAUCAUCAUCAUCAUCUUCAUUGCUGUGACGUUCUACGAUGCUCUCCUCCAGCCCUAUCCUCCUCCUCCUCUUCCUCCUCCCUCGAGCUCUGGGGUGUCAGACCAGCUCCUUCACCGAGUGUCAGAACGCUCCAUUUGUCCCGGGUCACAACCUGGCCGGUGAGGGUUUCGACGUGGUGCUGAUGAGGACCAGCGGAGCCAGCGUGGUCGACGUCAAGAACUUCAUGGUGGGAGGAGUCGAGGGGAACUGCACCAUAUGCCACAACCACCUCUUGAAUCAGACCCAGAAACUCCCGGUGUCCGUGCUGGACUGGAGGAUAAAGGUGAACUGCCGGCGUAGUCUGAGCAGUAAGUUCUUUGAGACGAGCCAGUCAUUCAUGAAAGAGACAAGUAAUUCUCUUUCAGCAAGCUGGAAGGUGGGUCUCACUUUGCCUGCAUUUGGAGGAUUUGCAACCGGAGGUUCAUUCUCCAAAUCGUCAAAAUUUGCAGACAGUCACAGCAAGAAAGACAAGUUCUCCUUCACCACCCACAGUUUUAACUGCAAAUACUACUCCUUCCGUCUCCACGCGCGCCCUCCUCUGAGUAAAGAGUUUGAAGAUUCCCUCAAGGACCUCCCCUCCACACGCCACCACAAGAACACCUUGGCUUUCAAACGCUUCAUCGCCAUCUAUGGGACGCACUUCAUCCGUAGGGUCCAACUCGGAGGCCGUCUGAACUCCAUCACUGCCAUCCGGACCUGCGAGGCCUCCAUGAGCAAGAUGUCAGCCCGCACCGUCAGCAACUGCCUGAGCGCGGAGGCUAGUUUCGUGAUGUUCGUCACUUUCAGUUCAGCCUUUGAGUUCUGCAAGGCACAGAGCAAGAGCCUGAAAACUGGAUCAACCUUCAGCCAGGCCUUUUCUGACCGGACCACAGAGGUUCAUGGAGGGGACGGGGAUGUUGGGGACAUCAUGUUCAGCCCGAACAGUGCCGCUGAGUACAAGAAGUGGCUGAAUUCCCUGAAGAGGGUCCCAGGUGUGGUUUCCUACCAGAUCAGCCCAUUGCACCUGCUGGUGACGGACAACCCCAUCCUCAGAAGUAACCUACGUGACGCCAUCAGCGACUACAUCAGCAAGAAUGCCAGGCCGCUCAACUGCCCGGCUCGUUGCAGGAUUGGCAGCCAAAACCAGAACUGUGCUUGUCGUUGCCAAGGACACCAAAUGGUCAACUUGGAGUGCUGCCCUAGAGAGCCUGGCAUUGCCCGGAUGAACGUGACGGUGAUCCGAGCGGAAGGACUUUGGGGGGACCAUUUCUCUAAGACAGAUGGAUACGUUAAGGUUUUCUAUGGUAACCAAGGAGCGGUUACACCGGUGAUCUGGAACAACGACUUCCCCUCCUGGAACUACCUCAUUCACUUUGAAACUGUCAACCUUCAACGCAGGCAGCCUAUCCGCUUUGAGGUUUGGGACCGGGACAACCGCUGGAACGACGACUUGCUGGGCCAGGUGGACAUCAUCCCCACAUCAGGAAAAAACAUCAACAAGAGGUUACGCCUGAAACACGGCUUGCUGUCUGUCCGUCUGUCUGCGGUAUGUGCUCCCAGCCUGCAGGGAUCCCUGUGUGAGCAGUAUGCCCCCUCACCAACCUACGAGGGCGUGAUGGGAUACACAAAGGAGGACCAGGAGCACCACUGGGACUCGGGGAGGUCAGGUCAUCAUGAGAGCGUCUUGCUUUGAGAAUCUCUUUAGGCUGUUUAUCAUUAGAAACAUGUUUGUUUAAAACAUAAAAAGUUAGAUCACCUGUCAAUGCUCCUAAUUCUUUUUGGCGUUACAGUUUUUUAUUUGAUAUUUUGAACUAACACCUACACCAAUAAAACAAUACUUAAAUAAUGUAUAUGAAGAUGAUUUCAUUAUUUCAUAAACCAUUAUAUAAUGGUUUUUGGAGAGCCUGAUAAAAAUAAAGAUAAAAAAAAUAAAAUAAUAAAAAUGAAAAACAUCUUCUCCAUUCCCAGCAAGAAUUUUUCAUUGAAAAUAUUUUUUUUAAGUCUAUUUCCACUGUUUAAAAAAACAUUCAAAACUGGUUUGGGUUUGAGUGAACAUUUUUGACUGACUAUUGAUUAGUCGACUCUGCUUCCAUCACAAGAUUCUCCACACACUAAAAAACACAAAUUAAGAUAAAUCUUCAAGUCACAUGCCAUGUAUUGCAGCUAAGAUGAUAGAAUCACCAACCCAAACAAAUAUUACAUCUAGCUAAAUUCAUUCUCAUGAUUCCAUUCAUGUAAGUCCACCAGUCACCAACAUCCAUUUUCUUCCACUUGUAGAAGACAUACGUGUGCAUGUCAGUGGCAGGCCAACAGUUUACUGUCAGCAGUCCUGAGUAACAGUAACAGUUGAAACACACCCUGCUGACUGUGUAGCACCUACACACACGUCUAUGAACACACACACACGCUCACACACACUCACACACGCACCACAAUAAACAAUCCGUUUUUCACUGCUGAUGCAGGUUUUGAGUAAACCCAGAAGGUUGACCUGUGAACUAGCUCUGCUGACCUCCAGAGGUCACAACAGGUCUGCAUAGUCCUUUACCAUCUUAACGCUUUUGCCCACAACCUGUACCCAAAAAGCCCCCUCAUUUCACGGUUGAAUUGCAUUUUGUUGUUGAGGAAUUUAGGGGAUUUUUUCUGGGGAUGAAUGAAUUUAUUUUUUGAGUCUGAUCUUUGUUAUGAGAUGUAAAAACAAGACCAGAAAAAUAAUCAUUUGAUCGCUGGAUCAUGAAGGCUUAAGAACACAUUCAAAAGCAGCACCAACGUUUAUUAUUAAUUUAAAAUGUAUAUUUAUAUAUUACUUGUUUGUGGAUAUAAAUUAUGUUUUAUUGUUGUUGUUUUUCAGUCGGUUCCAUAAAAGGAGCAGAGUGAAGGAUUUAGUGACAUCUAGUGGUGAGGCUGCAGAUUGCAAAAAAAGACAACGAUAACUGCUGCCCUCAUACUCGUCUUGUAGGGGUAUUAGUAGAGCAUAUGGUGGCAGUAGCUCAGUCUGUAGGGACUUGGGUUGGGAACCGAUUCAAGUUGCGUCACGGACCAUAUUUGGGAAUCGGUCUGGUAGCUGGAGAGGUGAUAGUUCACUUGCUGAGCACUGCUGAGGUGCCCCUGUGCAAGGCACCGAACUUUGUUUCAGAUGGUCACAAAUUUACAGAAACAUUCAAACACUGAUCUAUGAUUUUUAAAGAACCAGUUGUUUUUGGUAUGAUUUUGAUUAAAGGUGAUUUGACUUGUUGAUGACUGAGCUGAACUCUGUGAGGAGUUACUGUGAUUUCAAAUGUC